AUGUCCUAUACAUUAUUUAUUUUCGUGGUAUGUAUUUUUACUACCAGCGGAUCAUCAGUACAAUAUGAUAAACAAACACAAAAUUUGAGAACAUUCCCAAGUGACUUCUUUUUCGGAACUGCGACUUCGGCUUAUCAAAUUGAGGGAGCCUGGAAUGAAGGAGGUAAAGGAUGGUCAAUGUGGGAUCACUUGGUACGAACAGACCCUGGUCACAUUAGAGACGGCACCACCGGGGAUGUUGCAGCCAACUCAUACCAUUUUUAUAAAAAGGACAUUGAAAUCCUGAAAGAGUUGGGUGUAUCCGUUUACAGAUUUUCGAUAGCAUGGACUAGAAUAUUACCUUACGGCCGUGCAGACUAUGUUAACCCUGAAGGAGUAGCAUAUUACAAUAAUUUAAUAAACGAACUACUGGCAAAUGAUAUCACCCCAUUCGUAACAAUAUACCAUUGGGAUCUGCCGCAGAACUUGAACGAGCAGGGUGGUUGGUUGACUUCGGAAAUAGCCGACUGGUUUGGAGAUUACUCCAGGGUUUUAUUUGAAAACUUUGGAGACAGGGUGAAGCAUUGGAUCACGAUUAACGAACCCUACAUCCAUUGCAACUUCGGUUACGCAACUGGGUCUCAUGCGCCGAGAAUCAAGUCUCCAGGGGUUGGUUUCUACGAAUGUGGACGAAAUAUCAUUCUAGCAAAUGCGAAAGCUUGGCACAUAUAUGAUAAGGAGUUUAGAGCAACCCAAGGAGGAGUGAUAGGUAUAACAUUGGACUCUGAAAUGGCUAUGCCGGGUUCUAAUUCUCCUGAUGAUAUUCAAGGUGCAGCUGAUUAUAUGAGUUUCUAUCUCGGACAAUACGCAGACCCCAUAUUUUCCGCGACAGGCAAUUACCCUCAAAGAAUGAUCGAUUUAGUCGCAGAAGCAAGCAGACAACAAGGGCUAAAUGAAUCUCGACUAGUACCAUUCACUCAGGAAGAGGCUAACAAUAAUAAGGGAACUUCAGACUUUUUCGGACUAAACCAUUAUUCCAGUAUCUAUGUGUAUAGGAAUUCUUCUGUAACUGAAAUAUAUACGAAACCUUCUUUUAAUGAUGACCUCCAAGUAGGAACCUUCCCCGAUGCCAAUUGGUAUAUUAACCCGGCUGGAUGGACAUAUGGUUUAAAUGUAGCUAAUUGUAACUUUACUCAACUUCUACGUAUAACUGUUUUUCCAUAUAAAAUACAAGAAUCUAUUAAAUUCAAAGAAUCGUUAUUUCAGAGAUACGGCCAAGGAUUACGCAAACUGUUAGGAUAUAUUAAGGACACAUACAACAACCCUACGGUCUAUAUUACGGAGAGUGGUUUCGGGACAGCAACUGAGCGGAAUGACACUGAUAGAGCCGAUUAUUAUAGAGAAUAUUUAAAUGGUGUACUCGACGCUAUUGAUGAUGGCGUUAAUGUCAAGGGUUACUGUGCCUGGAGUCUUGUUGAUAACUUUGAAUGGGCGGUUGGCUACAGCGUACGUUUUGGGCUUUAUGAAAUCGACCAGAAUGAUCCAGAGAAGACAAGGAAACCCAAAUACUCGGCACUUGUUUACAAAGAGAUCGUUCGCACAAGAACUGUAGAUCCAUCAUACAACCCAGACCUUCCGACAGAUGCGUCAAUAAAUAUAAAAAGUUCAUACCUAUUUGUAUUAGUUGUAGCAGUUUUGAAUAUUAUUUGGUAG